AUGCACAUCCUUCCAUUUCUAUUGGUAUUCCUCUCAACGGUAUUUUCUGCCGAUUUGGAUAAUCCAUUUAUGUCCUCUGAUGCCUUGAUUAAUAAUGAUCUCGGUGGAGGAUUAUCAUCAUCAUCAUUAUCACCACCAUCACAACAACAACAACAACAACAACAAUACCAAGCCGACCCUGCUCCAGGGUUCAUUAAUCCUCAUCAAUGUACCGUCGACGAUGGAUGUGAUGACACCUUCUCUACUAUUGAUUCCGUCAACCAACAGAUCAGACCAUCGGUGGUAUCUUUAGUCAACAGUGAUUUCUUCAAGUACUUCAAAUUACAAUUAUAUAAAUCAUGUCCGUUUUGGCCCGAAAACCCCAUGUGUUUCAGUCCAUCAUGUGCAGUGGAAAUCGAGGAUGACAACAAAUUAGCCGAUGAUUACGGAAUCUUCAAUAACAGUGAAAAUAAUGACGAAGAAAAAGAAGGGGGAUCAAAGAAGACCACCCUUGUGGAAUACAAUUGUGAUUAUUGCAAUACUAGCGAAGAAUCUCAAGAUGAUGCGGUGUAUGUUGAUUUGACCUUGAACCCUGAGCGGUUCAGCGGAUACGGUGGCGAAGAAGCCGGAAGAAUUUGGAGUGCGAUUUAUCAGGAAAAUUGCUUCAAUAAACCAAAGCUGGAAGAGAAUCCUGAUAAUAACGAUGCUUUGUCGUCAUCAUCAUCUGAUGAUCAAUCGCCGGUGCUUCGUUUCAAUAAUAAAUACUUCAAUAUUUUGGCAUCUUGGUCCAACAGACUUCAAAAGAACAAGAAUAUUGACAAUUAUCAACUCUUGAAUACCUUAAUGAACCAAGAAGAAGACAAAUGUAUUGAAAAAAGAGUUUUUUACAGGCUCGUCAGUGGGAUGCACGCAUCAAUCGGUACUCAUUUAUCAUUCCAAUGGUUAAACACCAAUAAAAAACACGCGAAAUUUGAACCAAAUUUGGAUCUUUGGAUGCAGAGGGUGGGUUAUUUCAGCGAUAGAUUGUCCAACAUUUACUUCAACUACUCAUUGGUUCUCAAAGCGAUUUUGAAACUUGGCGAUUACUUGAACCAGAUCCAAUUUAGCGAGGCCAAUAUCGAAAAAGAUCUUAUCAACAAUAUUGUCGAUCUGGUUAGACCUUAUGAAAAUUCCAUCUUCAACGAAAGUUUGCUUUUCAAUUAUGAGGACGAUUUAUCUAAUCAACUCCUCAAGAAUGAAUUCAAGGCCAACUUUAAAAAUGUGUCUUCUCUCAUGGAUUGUGUUGGGUGUGAAAGAUGUCGUCUUUGGGGUAAAGUCCAAACUUUAGGGUAUGGUACUUCUUUGAAGAUUUUGUUUGAAUUGAAUGACAAAACCGAAGAUACUUUCGAUUUGAAAUCUCUUAAGAGAUCCGAAAUCGUGGCGUUGAUCAAUACUUUUGAUAGAUUGAGCAAAAGCGUGGAAAUCAUCAAUUAUUUUAGAAACGAAUGGAAGCAAACCGAGGAAGGAUUGCUUAAUGUCGAAGAAGAAGUCAAAGCGACUAAUUUCAAAGACAACGAAGAUAUUCUCAACGAGAAUGAAAAAAUGGUUUCCUAUCAACAAAAAAUUUUCAAACAUCAAAAACUGACUGCCAGUGCUUCUUCGUCCUCCGCCAGUUCUGUUGAAGCUGCUCCAAAAACUAAAAAAUCUCUUCCAAGUUCAGUGAAGAUGAAGAAUGUCGAUGAAUCCAAGGCCGAUUUAAAGAAAAUGUUCCUUGAUAAAAAGAAAGAAUACAAAUCAUCAUCGGAUUCUCGUUGGAACACUGAAGUCGACAGUAUUGUUCGCUUGGAUAGUGAAACUGAUGAGGAUAUUGAAAAUCUUUCUCCAGAAGCCAUCAAACACCGUCACAUUUUCCGCAACUCUCUUAAAUUGCGUUCUUCAAAACCGGAAAAGGACAAGACCUUUAGAGAUAAUCUCAUGGAGAGUAUUGAAGAAGUCAAGGAUGCUUUCAGAUUCUUGUGGGAAUCGUACUUAUACUUCCCAUACAAUUUGUACAGGCUUGCAAUGGCACGCUUGGAAGUUUAUUGGAACUAUUAUAUUGGUAAUGAAGAAUUCUUCCUCCAACAAAAGAAAGAUUUACACUUUUUGGACUCCUAUGGUUAUUAA